CUCACUGAAGAGCGAGCAGCCGUCCACAACACUCCAGCAGUGAAUACCUGUGAUCAACUACUGCUGCUGUUUUUACUAAUACUACUACUGCUACUACUAUCACUACUACUCCUGCUACUACUAUCACUACUACUCCUGCUACUACUAUCACUACUACUCCUGCUACUACUAUCACUACUACUCCUGCUACUACUAUCACUACUACUCCUGCUACUACUAUCACUACUACUCCUGCUACUACUAUCACUACUACUCCUGCUACUACUAUCACUACUACUCCUGCUACUACUAUCACUACUACUCCUGCUACUACUAUCACUACUACUCCUGCUACUACUAUCACUACUACUCCUGCUACUACUAUCACUACUACUCCUGCUACUACUAUCACUACUACUCCUGCUACUACUAUCACUACUACUCCUGCUACUACUAUCACUACUACUCCUGCUACUACUAUCACUACUACUAUUACUUACAUCAUCAUGAUCAAGUACAGUCUCAUUUUCUUGGUGGGUGUGAGCGCUGUAGUCCAAGGCUACGGUGUUCAAAAGGUGCCAGUGGACCAACAGCAGCAGCAGCAGAAGAAAUCUGUACUCACCUUUCCUGAGGAACCUUGGCAAGAAGAAACAAAGGUUUGUCCCACGAAUAUCAUUGGGAGUGUGGUGACCGAACUGGUCCCGUCCUACGUCACAACCACCCAGGAACACUACGUCACCGUCACCAGCACAGACCUACACACCCAGACCGUCAUCACCACGCUGGUCCAGGUCUCCUCCGUCACACAGACCGAAUACAAGACCAACUACGAGACCGAGUACAAGACCCAGACCGAGUACAAGACCCAGACCGAGUACGAGACCAACAUCGUCUACUCUACUCAGACCGACUACAAGACAGUGUCUACCACCAUAGUAGAGCCUUCAUACGUCACCCAGACCGAAUACAAGACCGAAACUGAACGUAUAACUGACGUAGUCUACUCUACCCAGACCAAGGUGCUGACGUCAUCACUGUACGUCACUAACGUAGAGAGCGUGACGUCGACAGUGACGAAGCCUGUCCCUCACUACGUCACCGUCACCAAGGAUUGUUACUCACCCGUCAAAGGAGGUUACUGACGGUAAACACCAGAGCAGAGUGACGUAACUAGUGACUGUAGACUACCAGCCACUAGUCACUACUACUGUGACUACUGUCCACCAAAUAGUUACUAUUAUUGUGAAGGAUGAACUUAGUGUUGAAUUCAAGUACAAUACCUCACAGUCUAUCGUAAAUAAUACUGGGGAGGAGUUGAAUUCACGGCUCAGUGAAAAAUGUGAUUUUGUGAUAUUUCAGUGUUGGAGAAUGUGACACAUGUGACACAUGUCCAACAUGUGACACAUGUGACACAUGUCCAACAUGUGACACAUGUGACACAUGUGACACAUGUCCAACAUGUGACAGUGUUUAAUGUGGAAAGGUUUCGUCGGGAGGUGACCUCUUCAGUCCAGUACGAUGAACGGUGGGAGAUGAGUAGUAGUACUUUGAGGUAAUCAGUCCCUCAACCUGCAAUCUUUUCCAUACUGGACUGAAGAAACUA